AUUUCUGUUCAGAGUUUGUUCUUCUUCUGCAAUUGAGCUUAAAUUCGACACCUUGAAUCUCCUAUCGUAUGAUCGUGAGCUUAAAUUUGUUUAGUUUUUUCAGUCAGUUAUGAUAAUUUUGGGAAACGGGAAACGUUUAACCGUGGAUGAAGACCACAAGAGUAAGAAGAAGAAAAGAUCAGUAGUUAAGAUCGAUGAUGCUUGUUCACCAUAUUUCCCUGAGGAACUAAUCGAAAAUAUUGUGAUCCGAUUAGAAGCAAAGGGUCUAUCCAGAUUUAGCUGCGUCAGUAAGAAAUGGUACAAUUUUAUUCUUAAAGAUUCUAAAUUUGCUUUUUCUCAUUUUAUUCAAAACUCUAAAAAAUUAAACCUAAUCUUUAAUCUCCUCAACGUACCGGUAUUAAGAGAUACGAAUGGCUCCAAGGAGGCUUAUUUAUUCAGUUUAGAAGAAGAAGAAAAGGAUAAUGAUCUUCUUAAGUAUAAAUUAUUACCGGGCACAGGCUACCAUGAGGUAUGUGAACUAGUAGGUUAUUGUAAUGGUUUAGCUUGUGUUAAGUUAGUGACUCAACCUACGGAUUGUUACGGUGCAAUACAUGUCAUUAACCCCACCAGAAACGAAGCACUUGCCCUCGCCUAUAUAACUCCUACCACUCAGGGGGGUAUAACUGCACCUAUCUCUGUCAUGGUUUUGGUUUUGAUUCAACAUCGCAGGAGUAUAAGGCGGUACUAAUUUUUACUAAUUCAACGACUGCUGGUGAUCAAGAGUUUGUUUGCAUGGUUGUUGCACUGGGAGGAACUAAUUCCUGGAGAAAGAUAAUUAUUAGUGCUGAUCAGAUGUCACCAUCUUCUCCUUUUUCUGAUGGAACGGUAACAACAACUUCCAAGGCUAAUAGUAGGUCAGCCACCCUUUGCGGAGGUGGCCAUCUUUUUUGGAGAGUAACUAAUAGCACUGCAUAUAAUGAUGAUGUUAGUACGAUCGAUAUGUUGCUCUCGUUUGACAUCCACACCGAGAAGAUUCAGUUCAUUCCACUCCCUACCGAAUGUCGUCUGACCCCAAUGACGACGACAACAAGGGAUGAGCACCAAUGUUUAGAAGUCGAUCAUCAUCUUCUGGAGUUUAAAGGAUACCUUUGUGUUGCACGUUCAGAGAAGAUUAUGAUAAGCAGCAAUGGUGAUCAUCAUCAUCAUCUGGGUUAUUCUUGUAAUGGUCUGAGGAGUACUCUUUGUUGUUGUAGUUUUAAGGUUCAACUUUAUAUUCUAAAAGACAAGGUCAAGCAAGUAUGGACCAAGGGGGAGAUUUACGAUCUACAGAUUAAGGAGGAAGGCCUACAGCUACCAGCUCCCUUCUGUUGUUACCGUGAAUCAACUACCACUUCCCCACCUACACGUAUAUCGAGUUUCUCUGAUCAACUGUUAUUGUAUUGGUUUGAUGGGAAAUGUCUUAUGUUCUACAAUUUACAAAGAAAGCAGUUCAAGGUGCUAGAUCGCCCCAGCUCCCGUGCUAUUUUUGAAACUAAGAAGAAAAAUGGAGCCACCUCAGGCUGUAGUAAUAUUGGUGAUGAUGAUAAUUUUCAUUUCCCCUACAUGGAUUAUCAGCUACACGCUCAACCGGAGAACAUGCUUUCUCUGAAAACCUUCAUCGCUGGAGGAGAAACUAGAGAAUUCUAUAGUAUCAGUGAUUUUCAACAGUCUCUGGUAAAUGAUGAAAAAGAACCUGCAGGCUUACGGAAUGGCUUUGGAUUUUGGUCUUUUGGUCUAAUAAAUUAUUUUACUAUUUAUUUAGCAAUGUCUUUAUUACAACACCCGUCAAGUUUUUUUCCUCUUGUUGCUAACCUUUGGUUCUUGAUCUUUAAUAGGAUGUUACGGAUACAUUGAUAUUUUCCUCUCAUAUACGAAACCGGACCAGUGGGAUACUUAUCUGGAGUAUGUAUGGAUGUCCUCCAAAUACAUCCAAACUUGGGCGCGAAUGAUUUGAAUUCUUGCUCUAGGUUUUCAGAUGCAUGGGUCAAUAUUUUGGGAAGGAUGUGUGCAUUGUAUGACAUAUGAAAGCUCUUCCCUGAGUAUCUAGUUUGCUAUUGAAGCGUUCAGAUGUGUGCGUGUUCCACCUUGCCUUGAAUAGGUUGGUUCAGUUAACCCACAUCUGUUUGUAUCUAGAAGAAUCUGGUUACCCGGUGACGCUGGUCUUGAAGUUCCUGGAACAGUCCCAUAGUGUGGAUGUGGCCACCUUGGCGUGAAAAGUAGUACCUGUUUCACCUUUCAUCACUUCAAAGCUGCAUGUGUUUGAGCUUGGUGUGCGGCAUCCCUGCCAGAUGCUUUACAUUGGUUCUGGCACAUUAACUAGUGGCAUCACUGGAACUGGAUUUUCCAUGGAGGGUUAUGCUCAUAUUGUUACAUCUUUGCCCAUACUCAAGACUGAAGGCUAUAAUAACUCUGAAGACACCAAAUUCAUUAUCACGUGAGCUAACAAAGACAUGUUUUGGUAACAGAACUGCUGUCCAAUAUGCCCUCACUCUUGUUUUGCUGGAGUCCAAUAUACUAAGAGUUAUUUAUAUGUGUGGGAUGGAGUUGAAUUAAUGGCUUUAUUUGGAACUACUUUAAGUUCAUAAAUAAGCAUGCAACUUUUGCCAAGAUUUAUCCAAAAGAAAAACCCGAAAGUUGUUCCAGUACAUCCAAGGUGCCAAUUCAAACAACUCUAGGAUCUUCAGGAGUUCCAGCAAACUUUGAUGAAGAUGGAAAUGAAUACGAGCUGAAUGAUGGAGAAUCAGGAUGUGCACUUGAGGAUGGCUACAAAAUGAGGACAAGCUAUGGGAGAGGAUGGGAGGCCUGUAUCCACUACACCCAACGGCAACUCCCCCAGAACUAAGUUUUGAAUCCCAGGCCGCUGAAUAUACCCGACCAAUUUUUCUACAAACCAGAAUUCAGAGGGAAUCUGUUUGUGAUAAGGAAUCAAUGGGAAGAAGUAGAUGGAAGAAAUCAGAAGAGGCAAGCUACUAGCAAUAUGUGAUUUUAUUUAUUUAUUUGGUUAACGAGAAAAUUGUAAGUUACAUGGUAAAAUAUUGAUCGAGAAUGUAAAUGUUUGAUGUUUAAUUUUUAAGGAGAUGUUGGA